GGCGCGGCGCCGGCCCGGCCGAGAGGCGUCGUCGGCGCGGCGCGGCUGGAUCGCUCCCCGCCGCCGCGGCUGCCAAGGGACCGUCGCCGUCUCGUCGCCUCAGCGCAGCUGUCUGGGCCCGGCCCGCGCCGCCGCCCGCCAUCCCCUCCUUCCCUGGCCGGGCCUGCGGGAUGUUCAUUUUAAAGAUUCUGUGAAGAUGAAAAGGGAUAUCUUAUGGUUUUACGAAAUAUAAAGCAAUACUGUCUGACAUGACGGCUAAAAAUGUUGGUGUGACUUCCACAAAUGGAGACUUGAAAGGAUUUAUAGAUCAGAACCAGAGUCCAACAAAAGAGAAACAAGCAGUUUCUGAAGAUGUUUUCAGAUACAGAUCUGCCUUUUGGAAAAUUUACACAGAACAAGAAAACAUCCUUGCCUCAAAUUGUAAUAUUUCAGUAAUUACAUUGCCAGUUUCCAGCACCAACUCUCCGACUAAGAUUUUGCCAAAAACCUUAGGACCAAUCAAUGUGAAUGUUGGACCCCAAAUGAUCAUAAGCACACCACAAAGACUGACCAAUUCAGGGAGUGUUCUGAUUGGGAGUCCGUAUAACCCACCUCUAACAAUGGUCACACAGACACACAUAACAGAAGCUUCUGGCUGGGUCCCAGGGGAGCGAAAGCGGACUCAAGAAAUUAUAGAGUCAGAUUUUUCAGAAAGUAAGAGAAGCAAAAAAGGAGAUAAAAAUGGGAAGGGUCUGAGGCAUUUUUCAAUGAAAGUUUGCGAAAAAGUUCAGCGUAAAGGAACAACUUCGUACAACGAAGUGGCCGAUGAGCUGGUGUCAGAGUUCACAAAUUCCAACAGCCACUUGGCUGCAGACUCGCAGGCUUAUGAUCAGAAAAAUAUUAGACGGAGAGUUUACGAUGCCCUCAACGUCCUGAUGGCAAUGAACAUCAUUUCAAAGGAGAAGAAGGAAAUCAGAUGGAUUGGCCUUCCUACAAACUCAGCUCAGGAAUGUCAGAAUCUAGAGAUAGAAAAACAGAAGCGGAUUGAAAGGAUAAAACAGAAGCGAGCCCAACUGCAAGAACUGCUGCUGCAGCAAAUAGCAUUUAAAAACUUGGUACAAAGAAAUCAGCAAAAUGAACAGCAAAAUCAAGGCCCUCCAUCUUUGAACUCCACAAUACAGCUGCCCUUCUUAAUAGUCAACACUAGCAAAAGAACAAUUAUAGACUGCAGCAUAUCAAGUGACAAAUUUGAAUACCUCUUUAAUUUCGAUAACACUUUCGAGAUUCAUGAUGACAGUGAGGUGCUGAAGAGAAUGGGAAUGUCCUUUGGGCUCGAAGCAGGCAAGUGCUCAGCUGAGGACCUAAGAACUGCAAAAUCACUGGUGCCAAAAGCUUUAGAAGGCUAUAUCACAGAUAUGUCUGCAGGAUUUUCAUGGAUAAACCAAGGGUUACUUUCAAGUUCAGCACAAGUAGUUUCACACUUAGAGGCAGCUGGAGGCACUUGCAAUGCUAAAUCAAGUGAGAAUGCAGGGUUGUGUCUGGAUGCUGAAGUGGCCUUAGCAACUGGGCAGCUCAUUGCCCUGAGCAGUCAGCAGUCCAGCAGCGCAGCGUCCCGCGGGGAAACGCCCUGCUCCUUCAACGAUGAAGAUGAAGAGGAUGAAGAUGAGGAUUCUUCCUCCCCAGAAUGAGGAGAGUAGAAAAUGGAAUAUACAAAAUGCUGCUCAAAUGUUCUUAAUGGGAGUUCCUGUUUGGAUUUUACUGGUUUCUUGCCUUGUUUUGCACUGUGUUCAGUGAAGCAAAAUGGACGCUUCAAAAUCAACUUAUUCAUAACUGAAAAACUUUUUGUAACUGAACACAGAGUGACAUGUAGAGACAGAGCAAAAUGGGUUUUAUCAGCUAAAACCGAGGAAAAGAACAAAGUUCUCAGAGAUUUGGCAAAGCAAACCCCAAGUUUACCUUUUCCAUUUUGGGACUUAAGUCUCUGUCUUCCCCUUGUCUUUACCAGAUGGAGAAGAAAACGGAGUGAGUCAGCAAAUGCCAAUUCUUGCAUUGUCUUUUGGCUGUGCUGCCUUUAGAAAAAGGGGGAGGAAGAGCACAUGCAAAUGCGUUAAAAAAGCUAUUUAAAACUAUCUUAUAUGAAAAUGGUUAUAGGGAAAAGGGGCUGCUAAAAUGUUUGCUUUUUUUCUGUUCAACUUGCUGUAUAGAAGAUUCUUAAAGUAAUACAAAUUGCAAGUGAUUAAAUGGAUCUUGAAAUAGUUUAAAUCCAUUUUAGAUACUCUAAAAGUAACAGUAUAAAAGGUUCGUAUGUUCAUUUAUACUGCAGAUCUAAUUUAUUAUAAAUAAGUGAAUAUUCUUAGCCAUUAUUAAAACAGUCAGGAAAAAUCCAGUAUUCUCUGCACCAGCUUUUUUAAGGAAAACAAGUAAAAAAAAUUGUAUUUCUAGAUUACAAUGUAUCCAGUGUAGCUUCUUCUUUACUGUUCUAACUUUAUAUAAUCCCUUUGAUGUUAGAGCAUGUGUUGGAUUUUUUUCAAAAAAGCCUCCCACCAUGUUAAGGCUCUCAGGCAGCGUGUUUUCAAGGCAGUGCUUUCAAAUGUGGGCUGGGUAGGUCACAUAACUUUUUUUAAAGUCAUAGGCUGAGGUUCUUAGGAAGAAAAUAAAAUUUCAACAAUAUGUCAUUUCAUGUUUUGCAUUCCAGUCAGCUUGGAUUCUGUAUGACAGAAGAACUGUCUUAUCAUUAACUUCUGUUGCACUCACCUUGAUGCGCCUUUGAAAAUUUUAUCAAACCACUUCAAAUAAUCUGUGCCUCAAGUUACACAACACGAGUCCCAUCUGAACUGUUGAAUAAGACUUGCAGCAGGAGGCUGUGUGUUCCAUAGCUAACAUCACAUCCAAUCAUAAAGGCCUUUUUUUAAAAAAAAACCACUUCAAUAUCAGUGCACAAUACACUGCAGAUGUACUCUUCUCGUGGUGGUCUAACAUCCAGGCUUUUAACUAGUCUAGAAAUUAACUAUUUUUAAUUAGGUAAAUGCAGUUUAAAAUAGUGUUACUUCUUUCCAGUUUUUAUACUGUAUGUAAUAGUUGUCUCAGCAAUGUUACUAUGUUGGGAGAGGAGGCAGCUCAUCCCUCUGUUCCUGCCUGAGCACUGACAGCAAUUGCGCCCCCGGGGACUCUCCCGGCAGGGGCUGUGCCCACUCACCUCUUACAGCCAGACCUGCACUCAGGCCAAAAGCACCAAGCCUGAGCUGCACAGAGAAAAUGAGGCUCCAGCUCCUGAGCUGCCUGGCUGUGACCAGGAGGCAGCACAGGACCAGCUGCACCCAGGACAGGCAAAACUGCAAGGAGCAGACAAGCACAUCUGCAUGUUUACAUUAAAAACUAAAGCAUCCGGAAACUUUUCACAGAUAGUUCAAACUCCUGCACUUGAGGUAGUUAGGGCAGCACCAGUAUGUAAGUACAGCUCUUGGCUGAGCAAGUAGAGCUCUCUAGCUUACACAGCUCAGUUACAAAUGCACAAAUUAAAAGAAUUCCUGUAUGCCUACCAUGUUAUUCACCCUCUGGGCAAGACUGUUAAGACUAUCCUGUGCUCAUGGCUCACAGGCAAGAGCAGACUGAGGGCUUUACACCACCUCACUUUGACCAAAUCUGUAGCACUACCUCUGUACCAAGGAAAGCUUUACAAACACAAAGUAAUAUUCUUGCUGAGAGAGUCAAUGCACCUGAGCUAAGCAGCUCACUUUGGAAAUAGGAGGAGGAGAGAACAGGUACUCCAGGCAUGUUAUUAUGGAAUUUGCAGCUUCAUGAAUGACAUCUCAUUUAAACAGAUAAUCACUUUUAUUCUUAUAAACCCAUUGCUUUUUCAAAAACUGCACUGUCAGUCAGCUUUCAUUGGAGAGGGCAGAUCAAAGAUACCUUUAUGCAGGAUCCUAAGGAACUCUUAAAGAGAAACAUCUUCUAAAUAAUUAUCCCUCAGCAAUACAUUAGGGGCACAUUUAACUUUACACUUAAUUCACACUUCCCACUCAAGAUCUGUGUAAAAACUAAAAACAACAAAACACUAAACAGAUCCUAAAGAGCAGCACUUUGAACUAUAAGAACCUGGGAAAAAAAGGCUUCCUGCCCAGAAAUGGAAUGUAUUUUAUUAGCAGUCAGUGUGCUUUCUGCUUUACGGGAGGAGGAUCUGAAAUGAUACCUUUCUUCCACUGAUGUCUGUGCCCUUCAAAGCAGCAGACUGCACAGCUACUUGCUUUCUGGCAAACCUCAAGCUAUCAAAAGAUAAAAUAUAAAAAAAUCUAGGAGCACAUAACAAUCAUUUAGACAGUUGAACCAAAUCUUUAGAAGUUAUUUUUCUUGGACUAGUUGAAUACAAAGGACAAAACAAGUUACAACAUUUAGAAGAGACUUCAAAAGUAAAUUCUUUCCUUGGGCUUCCUUGUGCCAAGUUCCAGUAGAGGAUGAAGUUCAACUAAAGCACUGUGGUCUUGUGGCUACACUGAAGUCUGGGAACUAGGAGAAUUUUGGGCCUUAUCCAGCCAUAGUCACUCAUGUAUGAUCUCAGACAAGCCUUUCAGUCAUUCCUGUUGAUCUUAGCUGACAUAUUUUAAAAAGAAACAAAACACACACACAAAACCCACAAACCAACAUAGGUAAAUGCAGGACCUCACAAAAUGCAGGUGUUGUAUCUGAUUUGAGCACUGAGCAAUUGUGAGUAACAAGGGGGGUGAGAAUAUUAGCUCACCACACAGCUCCCACGCAGCUCGUGGCAGUGGUUGUGCUCAGCUGCUUCAACACACAGGCCCUCCCUCCCCUGAGAGCCAGCAGCACUUUCCAGAAUAAAAUGGUCAUGAGCAAGACUGGUUUUCCCAUUUUCUGUUCAGUUACCAUCAUCCUCUCCUGUCUCAUGCCAUACCCCUGGCACUCAUCGAUAGGAAACAAGCAGCAACUAGUACUAGAUGAUAUCUCUGGUAAGAAAAGGUUAACAUUUCAAUUGUCAUGCAGCUUCUGUUUAAGUGACAUGUUCCUGUGUCUUGGAACACCCUCUUGGUUAUACAUUCAGGAGGCACUUGGCUGCAAGCAGUGUAAUGCUGCAUGUAAAUGCAUUUGCAGUUAUAUUGCAGUAAACAGCUUUAUUCCUGGACUUACUCUGUGGUGCUUGAGAAAUCUAAAUUUGACUUAGAAAAACUUGUAAGCUCCACUAACUAGAGGAAAAAAUAUGAGUAGGAGACAGCAUUUUUCUGUUAUGUGGAAAUCUGACAUAAUGUUUGUGGAUUUUGGUUCUUAAAAUUGUAUUAAAGUCCUUCUCAUUUUAACACUGGAAUUAUUGGCAACAAUCCACCUCAUCUCAGAAAGUGUGUGUAUCUAAGCAAAUGAUACCAGUUUAACUGAAGGUAUGACUUAAAUGACUAAUGUCAUUAAAGCCAGCACAAUCCACACUGGAGAUGUUUCCAUUUUGUUUAAGGGCUUUAGUUUUUUAAACUACAGCUUGUAAAUACCCCUAAUCCUUUUGAGCAGCUGGAAAUUGCUGAAUACAAAGAAUUCCCACAGAAGGACUUUUGCUGAUCAACAUGAGCCUGGAGUAACAUUAUGUAAAAAGCCCUAAGACCUUCAAGUUCAUAAAUGAAAUGCUGCUUUAAUUUAGAAUUCCACAUUUAAGGUUUUAAAUCUCAAAUUCUCUUUUUUCUGACCACAUCCACCAUUUUAAUUCAAGAGAAUGGAUAAAACUUAACUACAUUUGAACUCUGGGCAAUAAUCCUUUUUAUAAUUAACUGGCCCUUUUCAGCUGAAAAUAAUCCAGGCAGUUGAUUGAGAAUAGUGAGCUAAAGAUGUUUGGGGUUUGGUUUCAUUUAAAACAAAGCCAGUAACCACAGGGUAUACUACAAAGAAGACAGACCAAAACAAGUUAUUUUCUGCCUGAUGCACCUCAUUUUCAUUACAAGAAUCUCUCAGGGACAUCAGUGUAUAUUAAAUAGCCAGAUGUAAUGAAGCUGGGGAAAGACUACAUGAGCUUUUUUAAUUUGUGAUUUACAAAAUUCUAGUGUUAGCCAUACUUUGAGGUGACAUCCUUCUGCUUCAGCCUCCUUGGCUGAAGGUGCUUCAGCAGUACCUCUGGCAGCAUUACUGGGGAACAGGGGAAGGUUAAGGACCUGUUUAUGGAGGGUUUGUUCUUUAGAAUAUGUUCCUUGAAUCCUGACCUAUGUCUACAAGCAAUACACCAAUGAAUCAUUUGGAAUUUGUGGCCAUCACACACCUACCCGAGCAUGUGAACAGCUCUAAAUAGUUAAUUUUCUGCUGGCAGGUGCUCACAUAACCCAGUCCUGAUACCAUAAAACUUCCUGAAGCUCUCAUUCCUUAGACUUAACAAAGUUCCCAAAUCAGAUUAUCUUUUUCCUAUUUAGCUGUUAGAAUUUAGUCUGGUGAGUGUUUUUAAGAGGCUGUGAGCAACUCUGCUCCCCUGGAUCCAGGUAUAUUGCCAAGAAAAUACCCACAACUAAUGUUGUUCAUUCUAUCUGCUAAGGAUUACCAUCCUUUCAAGUCACUGUAGAGCUGCAACUACAAAAACCUGCCAGCUCCUCCAACCUGAUUGCCUGAGUUGGUAUCCCUGGAUCCCUCACCCAGCUGGCACUGCCAGUGAGGGGAGGGAAUGCUCAUUAAAACAGCCCAACAGUAACAACUGCAGGGGCUGUUGAUCGCAGCUGUUCAGAGACUCCACACUCACUUCACACCUUUCAUACUCCCACCUUGUCUGGCUACCCCAGAGAGCAGCCAAAACCAAAAUGUUUUCUUUCUGCUUCCAUAUUUUUGACAGCACCCAAGAAUCCAACAUUUAGGACAUCCACAUAAGCUGCAGGACCACCAAAAACCCUUGCUCAGAUUUGGGCAGAAGUAACAUCCGAGAUCUAACCAUCCAAAUCCCAGGAGAAAGCCUCCUGCUUUGGAACAAUAUGGAACAGAUAAAUACAUCUUCAUUUAUCUAAGAAGGAAAGCAGACUAACCUGGUUCAGGGCCAUAAUUCCUAGCAGAUACUGGAACCUCCCAGUAGCCCAAACUUGCACCUCUUCUUAAUAUUCUGUAUUGGCUAGAAUAAGUGGAAAUUACUUAAACCUUCUGACUUCUCUAAAUGCCAUUCUUAAGUACUCAACACUCUCCAGGCACAGACACUUCAGAUAUAUGGACACCAUGGGAUAGCAGGAUACAGCUAUGUAAAAUUUACAUCCAGUUGGAGAUGCAAAUCAAACUCAUCUAUGCAGAAACUUUUUCUGAGACAAAAAUGAGUCUUUAACAGUGAGUUGGUUUAGCCUCUUCUCAUUAUCCAGGCUGAGUGAAACAGAGACAUCCAUCCCCAGCACUGCCUGGCUCUUGUGCUGUCCAUGAAGCAGCAAUGGCUCCCCCAUACAAGGCAGGCAGCAAGAGGGAAAAACACCAUAUCCACAGCCCUUCCUGAUGACAUUUUCAGGUCACAGCCACAAAAGUUAAAACAUUGAUCAGAAAAUAGGAAGUCCACAAAAUCACUCUCCAGGCUUUUUAGUGGGUUUGUUAAAUUGCUAAUGUAGCUUUAACAAUUAGUAGAGUUGGUUGUGCUAAUGCAGGGAUUAAGUGGAUCUCCCAGAAUUUCCCCAGGAAAACACCAGCUGAAUCACAACCCAGCAUACAAGUUUCUGGCACAUUCCCUUGUCUUAAAGGCCAGGCUGUAUAUAUGAGAAAUACUUCAGAGAAGUAUAUGCAAAUGUUAUGACACUGUAUCUCACAAGCACCUACUGUGAAAAAGUUAAUCCUACUUUGAGCAAACCUGUAAGAAGUAGGGUAUGAGUUUGUCCUUGUUCCUCAGGCCCUGACUGCAAACAAUGCCCCGGGACCAAGGCAGCAGCCUCUGUGUUUGCAUAUCCUACAUGGCAUCAGGAGUAAGCAGCAAGUACAGGCACAGCUUUGCACCAGUCUGUCUGUUGGCAGUGGGGGUGCUCUGGCAGUCGCUGAGUGCCCUGGCAAUGAGGGAAUGCUCCUGUGCCCUCAGCCCCUGUUCCGGAGCUGCUGCAACAUGCAAAAGGCAGGGCCGUCCCUCCGCCCCCCGACAGGAGCACUUUUUAAUAUCCACUGUAUUCUACAUGGAAGUGAGUUGUAGAGAUGCUUCCUUUUUAUGUUUAAAUGGAGAAACCACUUGAAAGUCCAUUAAAUUUUUAAUUAAAUAAAACUUAUUUUUUUUUUUUUUAAGAAUGAGGCCAGCCAUGGACAAAGCUAUUUUAUGACCUCCUUCAACACUGAACUCAAAGUAGGGUUUGUAAACGUGGUGGGUGGGAAGAGACAACUCCAAUAUAAGGAUGCUAACUACUUGAGAUUUGAAAUUCUAAUUAUUUUCUAAUCUACUCAUCUUGCUCUCCCCCUCUCCCAACACAAAGCAUCACAUGAACCCUUCGGUGGAAAUUUUUCUUCCUUUUCUUGUAUUAAACUCCAGUGACUUCAGGAAAGUCCAAGUUGCCCAUUCAUUUUAAUUUUUCAAUUCUCCAUAGAUUUCUUUCUUUGCAAAUACCUAUAAAUUAUAAGCUAAAGUUUUAUUUUUGCAGAAAGUCUGCUAUUAAGCUAUGCUGAUUUUUUUUGUCCUGAUCAAAUAGUGUUAAUUUCUACUACCACAUUGUACAUGGCUAGGAGUAGUGUAAAAAAAAUGUGGUAGUAUUUUAUGUGCUUUAAACACUGAUAAAGAUAUAAAGAGAAAUGCAUAUACGGAGUUUUACUUUCCUAAUAGGAACACUGGCAUUAGCAAAUAGUAUAUUUGAACCAAUAGGAAAUAUUACUUUGUAGUAGAAAACACAUUGUAAAUAAAAACUUGUUAUUUUUUUAAUGGAAAUUUUAUAGAAGCUUUUUCUGUAUACUCAAUUGAUCCCAUGUUUACUGAAAAUGCUGCAAGUGGGAAUUGUACAUUGCAAAAUGGGGGUGGGGAGCAGACAGUCUAACUGAGGUGAAAGUUGUGCGUGCUUUGGAGAAAAACAUCCAGUUGUCUGUGAACAGAAAUGUAAAGCUUAACUGUAGAAGAACCAAAUAAAAGACUUUCAAGGCAA